CAGCACACACAUGCUGCAUCACACACAUUCACAAACACGCUUGGAACUUUUCGCACAUAGUGGAGCGAUUGUCCUGACUGACGCUGGCUGUGGAUGGUGGAGCGGCUCUCUGCAGGCUGAAUAUUUAGGAGAGGACACUGUUGCUACAACCAGAGCAGACAACAUCCAUUAGAAUCAAGAUGGAAAUGGCUCAGGAACGCAAGCCAAAAAGGCCCCACUACAUUCCCCGCCCGCCAGGCAAGCCUUACAAGUACCAGUGUUUCCAGUGUCCUUUCACCUGCAAUGAAAAGUCCCAUCUCUUCAACCACAUGAAAUACAACUUGUGUAAAAACUCAAUUUCCCUGAUGUCACAGAAGAAUGGGCAAACUGCCAGACAGGUUAAGGCUGCAGUAAAGGGAGUCUCCGUCAGAUCUAAGGACUGUCCAAGCCCCAAGCCAGCAGUUCAGAACAACAGUCUCGAGAAACAGGGAACUGAGGAGAACACAGCUGAGAGCAGAGAUGACACUGAAGAAAUAGACGUUGGCUGUGACAGUCCGGCCAUUGAGGACAACCAGAGUGUGACAAAAUUAAAUACAGUAACAGAGAAAGAGAACAGGGAGAGCACCGAGGCCAAGUCUCUGCCGCGCCCAUCUGCCUUCUACCCCGUCACACCCAAAAUUGACGGAGCAGAAGCCUUCGAGUCACCUGUGCGGCAUUCAGAGGAUUCGCAAGCUCCUGUUCCAACAUUCAGUCACCCAGGCUUCCCAUGGGGCACAAUUUCAUCAUCCAUUCCCUUGAAACCAUUCCCCCCUCCCAUGGUUCCUGAAUACUCUCCAUAUCUCCUGCCUGACCGGCCUCUCUACCCACCGUACUACCUGCCAGCAAACAAUGCAAAUGAGCCAAAUUCUCAUUCUUUCCGGCCAGAGUUUAUGGAUCCCCAGAGGCCUGUAGUGGCACAACCCAUUGCCCCACCCCACACUUCCCUCUUUCCCCCAUACCCAUACAGAUACUGCCACCCUCUUCAUGCGGGCCCCCCUCUACAUUACACUCUGUACAGACCCCAUGAGCUCCCCAUGGCAAUUACAGGAUCAAGAUAUCGUCCUUUGGAUGUAUAUGGCCCGACCCUUUGGCCCAAGGAUUAUGACUUGUACAUGCAUCCACGUCCCAGUCACAACAGCCUGGACACAUCUACACAUGAGGAGAGCAAGGAUGGGCAAAGUGGAGACAAAGAAACCAGGCUGAGCCCAAAAGAGGGCUGUUCUGCCUUGGGCUCCCCUGACAGACCCAGCCAUGCACACAUCACUCAGAGAGACACAGAGGCCCCACACUACACCAACAAGGGUGACUCAGAAACAACCACCCAAUUAGGAAGCACAGCUACAGCCAUGCAGUCCACCAUAACUGACUCAAGACUUGAGGAGUCUGCAGAAAGCCUGCUGCAGUUAAGAAAUUUGCAUGUGGAUGGAGGAUCAGCUGAGAGCAGCAGAUAUUCCUCUAUGUCUGUGUCUGAGCCCUGUCCUCAGCCUACACCAGAAAAUUUUGAUGAGGACAACAGAGAAGAUCUGGCCCCACUCAACCUCUCAACAAGGAGCCAGGACAAAGAAAAAAGUCCACCUGACUUCAGACUGCAGUGCUCAGACGCAGAGAAAUCAAAGGGGGAAGAGUUGCCUCUGAACCUCAGCCUGCGAGCACCUUAUAACAGCCCUGUGCACAGCUUUGCCCCGAGCACUUCAGGGGAUCUCCAGCAGAAUCUAGACACUGACCUGGAAGAAGAACCAUUUGACCAAAGGCAGACUGCAGCACUGGCACUCUGUCAGCUUGCCACUGCAAACUCCGCUGGCUCUUCAUAUGACUUCAGCACUUCAGAUAGACCCAUGGAGGACUUCACAGACAAUACAACUUCUACUAAGAAGACCAAACACCCAGCCAAGGCUAAGAGAACUGGCAUGAAGAGAGCAAACAGUGGCCAGGCUGAAAACAAGUGCCAUAAACCAAAUAAGAAAGCAAAAACUACAGGGCGGGCUCUGAGGAGGAGGGCUCGUUGCUGCUAAACUCUGACUGUAAUAUUUGUGAAGAAGGUAUCUAUAGCCUUCACAACUACAAGCCUCAACUUGAAAAGAUCAACUUAUUGAACAUAAUUAAACUGUUUAUAGCACUGCCACAAGGUCAACUGUAAAAAGAACUGAUGAAUGUCUGUAUUAUGUCUUGUUCUCACACUUGAUUGGAAAAGGUGGAAAGCUAUUUUUAUAGGGGAUGUUUAUAUUUAAAUUUGGACCAUUUUUUUGCAAUGUAGAGAAUUGACAA